CUAGCCCAUAAUCAUAGUCAUUAUUUUUGUUUUAUCCACUUAACCAACAAUCAUAGUCAGCUGAUUCUUGCCCACCCAUUUGGUUAUUUUUGCCACCAUGGCUCGCCCUACAGACGUUGAGAUUCGGACUUCAGAGGCCUCGCUGCUGCCCAAAUCUCAAAUCAGGGGUACCCUGCCUCGCUGACUCGCCGGCCGGCGAUCGCUGCCAUCCAGGUUCCGACUUCGCAAAUUGAUUCCCAUUAGUUUCCGGAGUAAUUCAUAUUCGAGAAGGACAUUUCACCGUUCUUUCUUCGGUACCCAGGAGGAUUCGGAAAUGGAGAAGAAUCCUCGAGGAUGAACGCAAAAGAUCAGAGAUGGGACCCUGAUCAGAGAUUUUAGAGAGAGAAACGAGAGUAUGUGGAAGAGAAAGACCAAAAAUAUCUUCUUAUUUCAUCUCCUUUAUCAAUACAAGUAUAUAAAGGCCCGUUAUUAGCUAACUGACUAACCGUUUCUAACCACCACACACACGUGGCCUGUAUCAUUCCUUCCCCCUUAAAGAGGAGGCCUUUAUUCAACUACUCACAACUACAGUGACAAUACUCCAUCCACAGAAAAACUCAGGAAACCUUUGUUCCAUGUCCUUGGAAUCCCUCCAAGAUGCAUCCUCUUCAUUCUGCCCUUCCCAUUGCACUAGAUAUUGGACAACAGCUCUUCCACCUUGCUUGAUCAUUCGUCUUUCUAAGAUUGCUGCAGGUUUCAAAAUUUCAGCUACAUCUCUGCCAUGUAACCAUCCUGGUAUAUGCGGUUGUUUUGGCAGUGCUCCCUUGAAGGCUUUGAGUUGGGACACAUGGUAAGUGUGGUGUACUUGGGCUGAUGGAGGAAGUUGCAGUCUGUACGCCACUGGCCCCACUUUGUUCAAUAUCUGAAAUGGACCAUAGAACUUGGGAGCUAAUUUUUGGUUAGUCCUUGCUUGCACUGUGGUUUGUCUACCAGUAGGUUCUUCAAACAAAUCCUCAUAUUGCAACAAUAAUUCAGAAAUUAAUGGAGGUAUGGUCCUUGUGCUGGAGCUCAGACAGUUCCAUUCUCCUCCGUGUCCAGAUUGGUUCUUCAGUUC